ACUAUGCCGGAAGUUCCUAGCUCAGGCGCGAAGUUUAUUUUGGUAGUUAUUCAGUUAUUUUGAAGGAUUUUGGUUGAUUUGCGCUUUAGUUUCUACGUCACUUCCUCUAGUUGGCUGUCAGAUGUUUUUGUGAACGCUCAGCUGAUGGAGGUGGGGAAGGAGAGAGUGGUGGCCCUGGUGGACAUGGACUGCUUCUACGUGCAGGUGGAGCAGAGAUACAACCCCGAGCUGAGGAACAAACCCUGCGUCGUGGCUCAGUACAAAACCUGGAAAGGAGGAGGUAUCAUAGCAGUGAGUUAUGAGGCCCGAGCCCAUGGUGUGACAAGAAACAUGUGGGCAGAUGAUGCCAAGAAACUGUGUCCAGAUCUUCAGGUGGCGAGAGUCCGAGAGUCACACGGGAAAGCUGAUCUAACCUGUUACAGAGAGGCCAGUGUCGAAGUGAUUGAGGUCAUGUCCCGAUUUGCAGUCAUUGAGAGAGCCAGCAUCGACGAGGCCUACAUGGACCUCACCAGCAGCGUCCAGAAAAGAAUGAAGGAUCUGGAAGCAUCACGGAUUGACCCUCAACUUCUGAAGAGCACUUACGUCCAAGGCUUUCCCGUUCCCGACUCGGUGGAAGAUGUGCCGGUGGAUAAAGAGGAACGGCGGUCAACGGGCCUGCAGCAGUGGCUUGACACACUGCCUACCUUUUCACAACCAGGCUGUUUGGGUUAUUCAGAGGUGUGCUUGGCAGUUGGAGCGAUGAUUGUGGAGGAAAUGAGGGCCGCCGUGGAGCAGGACACCGGAUUCCGCUGCUCGGCAGGAAUUUCUCAUAACAAGGUGUUGGCCAAGCUGGCAUGCGGUCUCAACAAACCAAAUCGGCAGACUGUUCUUCCUCUUGGAUCAGUGUCUGAACUCUUCAUGACGUUGCCCAUCAGUAAAAUUCGCAAUCUGGGAGGGAAACUGGGCAUCUCCAUCACAGAGACUCUGGGGGUGGAGAACAUGGGUGAGCUCACUCAGUUCACACGGGCGCAGCUGGAGGAACAUUUUGGAGAAAAGACUGGGCCGUGGCUAUACGACUUGUGCAGAGGCAUCGAGUUCGAGCCGGUAAAACCCAGGCAGCUUCCCAAAUCCAUCGGCUGCAGCAAGAACUUUCAGGGAAAGUCAGCUCUGGCUACAAAAACCCAGGUUCUGCAUUGGCUGCACCAGCUGGCCCUUGAGCUAGAGGAGAGACUGAAUAAAGAUAAAGAGAUGAACGGCCGAGUCGCGAAGCAGCUGACUGUCGGGGUCCGCCAGGCUGGAGAGAAAAAGCCCAACAGUUUCUCUCGCUGCUGUGCUUUAGCACGCUAUGAGGCCUCAAAGAUUUCCACUGACAGCUUUGCCAUCAUUAAGAGCCUUAACACUGCUGGCAGCCAUCAGGAAGCCUGGUCUCCUCCCCUCACCUGUCUUCAUUUGUGUGCCAGCAAGUUCAAUGAGAACUCAUCAGGAGAAAUCACUAGCUUCCUCAGCAGCGGCGUAGCACCAACUCAAAAAACAAAUGAGCCAGCUUCGAGAACCGAAACGACCCCCAAGAAACCUGGCAGUAUCCAGGCCCUUUUCCAAAAAGCUGCUGAAAAGAAAAAGAAAGAAGUAAAUGAAAGUUUCAUGGAAAAGGAAGCGAUGAGCACUUUGUCUUCCUCCGAGAACCGUCCCCACAGUACAGCCAGUAUGGUUCCUCAGCAAGCGCCAGUGGUUUCAAAGACGUCACUUUCCUCUUUUUUUCAAAGGAAGACAGUGGAGAAAUCCUCUCACGGGCUCCCUCGAGAGAACCACAUAAAAGAAAGUGCCGAGGACAAAUCUCAGACUGACUGGGUUCUACAGGGUUCUUCGUGCACUUCAUUUAGUGUUGAUGAGCAGAAUCGUGUACAGAACUUCACUCAGAACGUCAGCUUUAAAAAUAGCAAAGAGGACUUUCACACCUGCGAGCGCUGCGGACAGGAAGUGUUAAUGUGGGAGAUGCCGGAACACACUGAUUACCACUAUGCUCUCGAUCUGCAAAACUCCCUCUCCUCCUCAUCAUCGCCGUCAUUUUCCAGCCCAGUCAUGGCUCAAAUGGCGUCGUCAUCCCAUGGAAAGAGCAGACCCAAAACUCAGGCUGGGUCUCAGGCAAAGAGAGCGAGACUCAUGGACAACACCACCACUCUGGACUCUUUCUUCAAGAAAGCUUAAUUUUUUUAAACAUGGAUCCUACAUUUAACCAUACAGUCGUACAUAAUAUUAUUUAAUCAGAUCAUUGACUGGGAUUUGACUUACAGGUUGUUACUUCAUUCUGUCUUGACAGAAAUGUAUAAUAUUACCUUUCCUAAAUCAUGUUUUGCCUGGCUUACGAAUACGAACUUGCUAUAAAUGUACAAAAAAUUCCUCAAGUAGAAAACUGUUAAGCUUCUGAGCUUGAGGAACUUAAUUCACUUAGUCACGUCCUAGUGAUUAUUUUAAUAAAUGAUCGUUUUAACAUGUUGAUGACUAGUACAAUACUCAAUAAUCCCCACAAGGGGGCAACACAGUAUAACUACCCAAAAACUGCUCUCAGAAUUGAUCACGUUAACUGGAAUGUUGCAUCAGAAACUAUAUUUGCAUGCAUUAGUGAUGUAACCUAAUACAAGCACAUUAUUCAUGAUGAACAGAUACAAAUAGGAGACUUAGUAUUUUUUUUUCUUCUUUUAAAGCUAGACCGCCUUUCAGAUUUUUCACGUUUAGGUCAUAAAAAGGAUUUUCCCCCCCGACACCCAGUUAUUUUUGUUUAGUGGACUGAAAGCUACUGAAUUCAAAUCAUAGACUCCCAAUUUUAUUACUUUUUUUUUGUUUAGGGCCACAUGGCCCUAAAUUCUCUGCCAUUCUUUUUCUUGCUUCAUCGUGACCUCAUUCAAGAGGUCAUGCAUGACGUGGUGGGCUUUCCCUGUUCGCGCAAGGCACUGUGGGAUACAAAUUUGAAACAGGAGAGAAAAACGGAGGAUGUGAGUGUGCGAAUGAAACGUGAAAGACCGACUACAGUAACGGAAAGCGAGAAAAGACGUUAUAUUGUAUACGAAGGAAAGGAAACACAGGACCAAAGUAAUAAAUAAAUAUCGGCGGUCAGCGAGCACCUCGGUGUGAUCAGCUGUUCGUUUCGCGACAGAAUGAUGGAACCGUCAGUGCACUGUCAAACGUAAACCUGUAGAUGCCAGCUGCCGUAAAACCCAAAAGAUGAAGACAAUGACGACUCGGGUAAGCGUGCGCGUGUGUACAUGGACUUCCUCUGUCUGCCUGACUGCGCGAAGCGAGCGAUUUCAUGCAUGUUAUUUGCUCAGGAAUCCCCCCCAAAUUAAAUAACUUCCCAGCGUAGGUCGCGUUAACCGACAAUUGUCCGUCAUUGACGGAUUUUUUUUUAGCUAUGACGGAAAAAUCUGAAGGCCGUCGGUCAUUUUGACGGAUGUUUACCGUUACCAAUAACAAUAAUAGCCUAAUAAUAACAAUAAUAAAACAAUGAAACACACAAUUGAAAUGAUUGGCAAGUUGUGGCAGAGUUUUCUUACAUACAGUAUACAUAUGCCCAAUCCCAAUUCUAAUUUCUACCCCUACCCCUCCGCCUUCCCCUCCGCCUUCCCCUUGGCCCUUCCCCUUGAAACUGAGCUACAAGGGAUAGGGCUUGAAAUUCAACCCCUACGUAUUGGGAUAGCCCUUCAACGAUCGCAUACGUCAUCGCGUACCUCCGUCAGCGUUUACGUUAGCAAAACGCGACCAAAUGCGUCAUUGGCUGCGACCAGCCGCUACAGUCAGAGCCAGAGGCAGAACCAGAAAUCUCUGCUGGCAGGGUGUGAUUUGUUAACUAACACCACUGAAUGGGAUAUCUUUGGCGCUUCGUGCACCACAUCCGACAGAAUGUGGUGUCAGAACACUCAUGUAAACAAUAAAAGCGAGAAUAACAGAACAAAACGUACGCAGUCAAGCAACCGAAAACAAUACUCACUCCCAAAGCUUUUUAGCAGCAGCUUGGAUUUCAGAAAUCGCUGCUCAUUCUCAGCUCGAAAGCGAAUCAAGCGGCGUGUUUCCUCUGGAUAACAACUUAAAACACGUAAAUAAUGGAGAAAAUACAUUUAUGACAAUCUUUCGCCGCGGGAACCGCCAUCUUUAUGAAAUCCACAUGGCAUUGUGGGAAAUCACUCAAACCCCUUCGUUCGGAGUCUGCUCCAGGAAAAUCUCCGUUUGGAGGGGUACAGAAGCCCUACCCCUUCCCCUACCCCUCCGCGUUAACUGGGAUUGGGAUACCCCUACCCCUUCACGUGAACGCGCAAAAUGGAGGGGAAGGGCUAAGGGGUUGGUCCAAGGGGUGAAAUGGGAUUCGGCCAUAGUCUUCACUGCCGUCACUUUCAAUCUGAGCCGACGUUGCGGCAGUCUUGAUGUUCAGUGCUACUCACUGUAGCCACUGCGCAAGGCUGUUCCCCCCAUCCCGCUCCUGACCGCGCUACGACUUUUCUAACCACUAGCACAGUGAGAUGGAUUAAUGUUUCCCUUCUCUGCAGAAGACGCGUCAUUUUUGCUCUUAAAAAAAAGAGAUGCAUUGGGUUGUUUGUGUCGUUUCCCUGCCUGUACAAUAGCGCUCAUUUAGGCUAGUUGUUUUCUUGUUUUUAAAAUGAAACAAAUGUCGAUUUAUUAUCCAGCAAGCUUAGGAACAUCACUGCUCGAAUAUCUGCUAAACUAUCAUUUUAAUGAGAGCACGGGUAGACAAACUAACAUUUAAACAUAACUUCGUUUUAUUUAAGACCUUCCGUGUCAGGUUCCAGGCUCCGCCGAGCCGAGCCGACCCCCACUAUGACAAAUUUAAGUAGCCUACGGAAGAAUCUGAAGGCCGUGCGUGAUUUUGACAGAUGAUGAUCAAUUUAAGUAGCCGGUAGUUCAUGGAAGAGGCAUGGACUGGAUGCGUUGGAACGCGUCUGUGACCACUACGGGUCACCGCGGGGUGCAGAAAGAGCGCAUGCUGCAGGAUUUCCUCCCUAUGAAGAGAGUACUAGCAGGGUCGGGAAAUCCAACUUUCAGAGGCUCUUGCCGGCUUCUGAUCACUUCCCUGGGAGAAAUGUUUCCCGACUUCAGAACUUUGGCUGAAGUGGCGCUGGUUAUUCCAGUCUCCAGUGUCGCAGCAGAGCGCGGGUUCAGCCUUCAGAAUAAAAUUAAAACGUCAACAAGAAGUCGUCUGUCCGAGGCAAAGACGCAAAAUUUAGUGACAAUUGCCUCGGCAGCAGUCUCCAUUGACGACUUUGAUUAUGCACACGCGAGCUCCCAAUUUAAAUCCAUGCGGGCCAGAAGGAAGGUUUGAGCUCACGCAAACAGGUCAAAUUAGAUUGUCACUUAAAUCGUUGUAGUGGACUGCUCAUAUUUGAACUGCAAUCGUCUUGCUACGUUGUAAAAUAGCAUUGUUCAUACAGUAUGCCCGUUAAGGCACAACAGCCGCAAUGUUUUAGCGGAGGGAAAAUGGGUUCACAGGUGACCGAACGUCAGAAUCUCUGUUCAUCUUUUUGCAUCAUAAAUACAUAAAUAAAUGAUUAAAUAAUACAA